AUGGAUUAUCUGUACCUGGUUUCCACACCAUCUGUCAAUGUGUUUGGUGCUGCCACAACGACAACUCAAUCCAUCACUUCUUCAUGUACAGCAAAAACUACGGUCCUCGGUGCUGCUAGAGUGCAGCAUGAGGGUCGAAAUCAGGAUGCAGCUGAAGAUAAUGGUUCUGGUGGCUUGAUUGAUCAGAAGGGAUGCAAGGAGAUGAGUCCAUCAGGGAAUAAGGUCACGAGGAAGAGUUUGAAGAGGAAAACAAGAAGGAAGGUGAAACGGAACAUGCAGAGUCAUCAUGUGUCAUCACCCUAUGAUACUUCUGCCGGCUCGAGUGUCCUAGAAGUACAGUUGGAAGAGUCAUGUGGAAGGUUGGCUGCUGAAAUAUCACUCGCAGAAUGCAACAUCAACAGCAAAACUGAAGGAGGUGACAUCAUGAUCAAGGCAGUCAGCUUCCGUAAACCUCAAAAGAAAAGUAGAGGCCAGCUUACUGCUGCUCUGCCUUCUGCAUCAAAGAAGGGUGCGUCUGCCAUGACAAAAGCUGGAACCACUGUGGCACUGAGUUUGCGUCAUCAAACAGGAAAGGAAAAUAGCUACUCCGUGUGGCAGAAGGUUCAAAGGAAUGAAUUGGGUGAUUCUGAUGCAGAAAAGAUUGGUCUUGCGUUGAAAGAGGAUGCUUCAUUUAAAAGGAACUAUGUUGAUGUGUCUAAAGUAAGCACACCAUCCAGAUUAGAAGAUAGAAGGCAGGCAAAACACAAGGCUCCCAAGAAGCUGAAAAGGAGAAUUCUGCACUUGAAACGAGAUAUAUGCAGCAACUGCCGUGGCUUGAGAGUCUCAUGCCCCCACAAGUUUGGUCUCAAUGGUCAAAACAUGGUAAAAUGUGUUCCGAAGCUGUCUUAUAAGAACGGGUACCCCAAGUCUGGGUUCCAGGCCCUCGGACUUGAGUAUGUCAAUUCUCAACCAACAGAUCAUGCCCCACAAGUUGCAAGAGAUGACGCAUCGGAUCUUGCUAAAACUGGCAACGAUCCCGAGUAUAGUAUGACAGAGAACUUCACUGAGAGUCAGGAUACAUCAUUGUUGGAGUUGUGCAACUCCUUGAAUGAAAAUGAACUUCAGGUGGAAGAGCACCCAGUUUCCAUACCUCAAGCUUCGCCCAGCAAUAAGGUUAACCAAACAACCAAAGAAGUUGAAACUGCAGACUUCAACAAGCAGAGCCAUAGCUCCUCUGGGUCUAUUCUGCAGAAGUGGAUACCCGUUGGGGUAAGGGAACCAGAGUUCACCUCUUCUCAUGGAUUGGAGAAGACGACAGUUGCCACGGAUUCCCCAGAUCAAGUUUCUGAAGAUGAUGACAUUUCUAAUAGAGAGGAAUGUGAUCAAAAGAUGGGCAAUUCAGAUGAUUCUAGAUUAGAGCAAGUUAAUCAGGGUGUAGCUAAUACAUGCGUAGUCAUCUCAUCCCGUCUUCAGGAGCUAACUACUUCUGAAGUUGUGGGUUGGGAGGGGAUACUGAAAGCGGUACAUGACACAUUUGAGAUGCAACUGGCAUCUGAAGCCAUAGAGGUUGCGACAGGAUGUCCAAUAGCAGAGUUUGAAAGACUUCUUCAUUCAUCUUCUCCAAGCUGUCAAACCCGGUCACUCGACCAAGUUUGUCAUACUCCACUUGACAGUGACGAGACACCUAACAUUUCGCUCCAAUCUUUAUGGCAGUGGUACGAGAGGCAUGGGAUAUAUGGCUUAGAAGUCAGAGCAGAAGAUCAUCGCAACUCGAAUAGAUUAGGGAUUGAUAAACUUUCAUUCAGUGCUUACUUUGUCCCCUUUCUAUCAGCGGUUCAGUUGUUCGGGAAGAGUGAAGGGAAAGCUGAUACACAGAACAAUGACUCACUCCAUCUUGUUUCUAAAACUUCAACUGGGCAUAAGGCAUGGAGAAAUGAUGCAGAGCUCUUGUUCGAGUACUUCGAAUCAGAAAGGCCUCAACUAAGGCAACCACUAUAUGAGAAGAUACAUGAACUCGCCAGAGCUGAUGACCUUGCAGGGCGCAAAAUGUUCGGGAACCCAUCUACUUUGGUCUCUAUGAAUCUACCAGAGCUACACAAAAAAUCCUGGUUUUCGGUGGCAUGGUACCCAAUAUACAAGAUACCAGACGGAAGCUUACGAGCUGCAUUCUUGACAUACCACUCAUUCGGACAUUUGGUAGAAAGAAGAUCCAAAUUUGGUUCUCCAACCAUGGUUUGCCCAGUUGUGGGUCUCCAGAGUUAUAAUGCUCAGGAAGAAUGUUGGUUUCAACCACGGCACAGUGCCAUGGAUUUCCAGAUGACAGAAGAAGGGAUGUUGGAACCUAGUCAAGUCCUGAAAGAGAGGUUGAGAACACUUCAAGAGACGGCAAGUUGCAUGGCUAGAGCCUCAGUAAACAAAGGUGAUGAGAACUUAGUGAAGAAUUGGCAUCCUGACUACGAGUUCUUCCACUCCAGGCAAUUCUACUAGAGGAGUUUGUGUUGAUGCAAGUGUUCCAAAUACUACUUUUGUGUGUGUUAAAUAGUUUAGAGCUCAGGAAAGAGGCAAAUAGAGCCUCUCCUUUCUUAAAAUUUGAAUUUCUUUUUUCUUCUUUUGCUUUAUUUAGAUUAACACUAGUUAACAUGCACAAAUAUUCGACUAUCAUUUUUCUGUAAUUAUGAUUGUCAAAAGCUUGUUAGAUUCAUAAAUGUUAAUAUGUCAC